UACCUCCUUCUACAACUGGGACAUGCCUGAAUAGCGUUCGGUUUCGCGAUUGUUCUUCCCAUCUCCUUAGCGAGAGUACUUCAAGCCCUAAACUCGAAAAACUAUUUGAGAUCAAGUUUGGAUCCUCUCUCUACAUCAUCUCAAGAUCAUCUCAAGAUCAAGCUCGAAGAUGGAUCACUCAUGGCGUCACCAACCGCCGACUCAAGGUAACAUCUGUCCAACAUGCUCAAUUUCCCACUUUCCAUUUUGUCCUCCACGACCCCCUUUCAAUCAAAACCCUAGAUUUCCACCACACCACAAUCACUCCUUCCAAACGCCAUUCUUCGAUCCGUUUCCGGAUCACAAUAGGCAAGCAGUGGAUCCCCACCGUCCGUUUCAUGGAAUUCCCGGUGAUGGGUUCGGAGAUCCACGGGGUUGGCACAGAAACCCUAGUUUAGAGAGGGACCCAUAUGGGCAAUUCCAUGGACAGUCUCAGAUUGGAGAGACUGCUAUGAACAGGGACGGUUUUUCCCCUCCUAGGUACGGCUCUGGUAGUGUUGGGUAUAAGAGGAUGAGGGUUGAUGAGGCCGGUGUUGGGUCGUUUACCAAUGAGAGUCACAUGAAUCCGUCAAGAUUCUCAACGGAAAAUGAGCGAAGAUUGAAGUUGAUUCGCGAACAUGGUGGGGCUAGUUCGAUGUUGGGAAUGAGUACAGGUUUUGAUAUCGAGACAAAAGGAUAUAUACAAGAACGUUCAGUUUUUGACAAUAAUUUUAGUAGUAUAGAUGGUGGGGAGCAUAUGAAAUUUGAUGAAUUGCGAAGUGGUGGAGAUGAUACAGCACUAAAACAUCCAAGAAAUUCUGAGAUGAACAGUUUUCGAGAUCCGGGUUUUGGUAGUUUUGACAGAAAAGGGAUGUCUUUUCACCCCGAACGUGGUUUCAACCAGCAUAACUAUAGAGAGGAACAUGGUUUAGCCUAUGCACCGCAAUAUGUGCGGAGUAAUAGGAAUGAAGAACCUGGGCAAUCUCGUUAUAGUCAAGUAGAAAACUCUUUGCAUUCAUCUUUGCAGUCAAGUGGACACAGUGGUGUCGUGGCUGGAGGGUCAACCAAUGUCAAGCAGGGCCGGCAAGGUCAAGAUGUGACAGUUCUGUACCAUGAAGGAGUUCAGUAUAAUUCGAAUUAUGGAGAUGAUUUUUUAUCAAGUGAACAUAAGGGUGAGUUCAAUCUGCAGUCACACGUGUCUCAGUCUCAGAGUUUGCCUUAUCCCACUGUGGAAGUUCCUAAUGAGAACUAUUACGACCGUGAUUUCCGACGAGGUUACCCUCCUGAGGCAAUGUCAGCAAAGGAAUCCCAGCAUUCUCAUCCUACUAUGUGGCAAGGGUUGUCGGGGUCGGGUGCACCAUACCAUGAACAGAUUGGUAAUUUUCCAAUGGAGGAGAACCACAAUUCUAACAAUCAAAUGCUGCUUCGGCCAAAACAUGAUUUUCCAUCCCCAGGACAACCGAGUAAUAGGAGACCAUCACUUGAAGUUAAUGUUCCAGCACAGGAUGGGAAUGGGGGUGCAAUUGGACAUCAAAGUUUGAGCAAACGAGGUGGUUAUGUACCAAUUUCCACUGGCAGUAGCAUGGUUUUGGAAAAUAUCAUUACAAUGCAGGUUUCUCAAUUAUUUGAUGUUCAGCCUCCUCUUCCUGCUUCUCCACCGCCUCCUCUUCCAGUGGAUCCUCCGCGUCAUUCUUUAUCAGAGUCACUUGCCUCAGCUUCCUCGCCCCAAAAAUCCUCUUCAUUGUUUCCUAUUCCUAUCAGUUAUUCAACUACUGUGCCGUCAUCAUAUCCUCCUGUUCCAGACCAAUCUUUUGGACAACCCUAUUUUCAAAAUAAACCACUUCUGCAUGUUUCAACUGGAUUUGCUAAUGAGGAUCCUCAAGCUACCCACAGGACAUCAUCUAAUAAAUAUUUGGUUGAAGACCAACCCUUUAGAGUGAUGUCUUCAGAUAAUCCAGAAGUUGUCGAUGCUUCUCAUAUAUUUAUGCAACCACAUCGGGUUGAGCGGCCUGAUCACUUUGUGAUAAUCCUUCGUGGGCUUCCAGGAAGUGGAAAAAGCUACUUGGCGAAGAUGUUGCGUGACCUUGAGGUUGAAAAUGGUGGUGAUGCCCCUCGUAUUCAUUCCAUGGAUGAUUACUUCAUGACUGAAGUAGAAAAGGUUGAGGGUAUUGACGCUUCCAGGUCCUCUGGUUCUGUCAGAGGGAAGAAACCAGUUACGAAAAAGGUCAUGGAAUACUGUUAUGAACCUGAGAUGGAGGAGGCUUAUCGGUCAAGCAUGUUGAAAGCUUUUAAAAAGACCCUUGAGGAGGGGGUUUUCUCCUUCAUAAUUGUGGAUGACCGCAAUCUGCGGGUAGCUGAUUUUGCUCAGUUUUGGGCAACUGCGAAGAGAUCGGGCUAUGAAGUUUACCUAUUAGAAGCUACGUACAAGGAUCCAGCGGGUUGCACAGCUAGGAAUGUGCAUGGUUUUACCCGGGAAGAGAUACAGAGGAUGGCUGGACAGUGGGAAGAAGCUCCAUCCUUGUACUUGAAACUGGACAUCAAGUCAUUAUUCCACGGAGAUGAUUUGAAGGAAAGCACGAUUCAAGAGGUGGACAUGGAUACGGAAGAUGGAGAUUCUGAUGGUGGUAUAUCUGGAUUGGAAAAAAUAAAUCCUGAGAUUACAGUACAUCCUGCUGGAGAUAAUGGACCCGAUGGUACUCCAAAGGAUGAAGGAAGAUGGGACGCUGAAGCAGACCCUCAUAUAGACGAAGUGAAAGGAUUAGGAAGGAGUAAAUGGUCAGCAAAUUUUGAUGAAGAUGAUGCCCAAAGAACUGAAGCUGUAAAGGGGAAUUUAAAUGCUCUGUCUGGGUUGGUUCAUGCUUAUGGCAGAGAAGGUAAAUCUGUUCACUGGGGUGACCAGGUUGGCAAUACCGGCUUCUCAAUAGGUGCUGCCAAAACGGCAAAAGUCUUCUCUUUAGUGAUUGGGCCUGGUGCUGGAUACAACUUGAAGGCUAACCCCUUACCAGAAGAAGAGAAUCUGACAUCCACCCAGAACACUGGUGAGUCAAAGGGGCGAAGCAUAUUCCAAGAGCAACUCCGUGCUGAGCGCGCGUCUUUCAAAGCUGUGUUUGACAAGAGGCGACAACGAAUCGGAGGCCUUGUCAUGGAAGAGGAAUAAUUUUUGCUGAAGCAGAUUCUUUAAGCUCUGCAGUUAAUGGCAGAUUUUAGCAGCUGUGGUGUUACAGUAUAUACAAAAAAAGAGGGAGAAGGUGUUUUUCAGGUCCUCUCCUUGUAUAAGCUUAAUGAAUAGGGGCCUAUUUCUUUUUAAAAUUUUUUAUUUCAUAUUUUAUUUUUUGUAUUGUUUCCGAGGAAAUUGUUGUAUUUUGUGCCUGAGAAUUGAUGGCUCUCUUCCUUAAUUGUUUGGCAGACUGGUUACAAGAACAAUUUCUUGUGCUCAGGUUCAUGCGAAUCAUGCAUUUGGUGAUAGUUUUGGUUGGAGGCA